CUUUGGUUGAGUACACUCAUUACAUCACAAAGAUGCUGCGUUCUAAGAGUUUCGAAAAGAAGGGAAUCAUCGUCAUGAUGAUGAUGGCUCUUCUUGCCUUGUCCCUUUCCAUCGCAAUUGUUCAUUCUAGCCCAACUCCAACCGAUGAAGAAGUUGCUGCUAUUACAUCUAUUGCUUCCAAUAAUAAUAAUAAUACCAUUAUUACCACCGAUGCCAAGACCAAGUCAAAGAUUGUGUCAGUUUUGUGUCCAACUGAUCAUGAAAUGGUUUAUAAUUUUAAAGCCUCUACUCUUUUGGGAACUAAACCACAUCUUCAAUCUGUUUCUGCUAUCAAGAAUGGUUCUUCACAAGAAAAUACCUUGAUGGGUAAGAUGACUUUGACAUGUGCUGGAUCAACAACCAAGAAGAAUCUUAUUGCUGUUUCUUUCCCAUCUGUUCAAUACCUCCAAUUCCAAGGAAUGAAGAAGUAUGGUAAUUUGGGUAAGAAGGAUGUCAACUUUUGGUUCAAUAAGAAAUAUAGAACUCUUCAAAAGAGAAGAAAUUUGACCAAGGCCAUGAAUAAGUAUCCAUUGGCUAUUGUUCGUAGCAAGACUGGUCAAGUUUCCAAGAUGAUUUUCCACAAGAGAGAACCAUUCUGGUUGAAGAGUAUUAAGAAGGGUUUAGUUAGAGUUUUGACUACUGAAACUAAGAGAGUUCAAAGAAAGCAAACUGAUGGUUUCGGUUCUGCCUACACUCAAAAGUUCAAUAAGACUAAAUCACCAAAGAAGAAGGUUACUCAAGUUAUUCAAAAAUUCUCUGAAAAGGACUUUAAGAAGAUUUCUCCAAAGAAGAGAACUAUUGGUUAUGAAGGAAGCCACCUUGUCAAGAUUAACAAGAAGGGUUUGAUCACUAGAGCCUUGAUGGGUACUAGAAUCACUAUGGGUAAGAGACCAGCUCUUCCAUCUUUCAAGAAAUUCGAAAAGGAAACUGGAAAGAAGAAGAAGUUUGUUACCAAGAAUAAGGAUCAAGUUCAAACUCUCCACAUCAGCUCUCUCAAGUUGAAUAAGGUUAUUAAGAAGAAGAAGGCCGAUCUUCCAAAGAUUAUCUCCAAAUUCUUCAAUGUUGCUAAGGGAUCUGUUGCUGUUAAGCCACAAUUCAUUAUUAUCAAGACUUUCGGUAUGACCAAGCAAGAUAGAAAGGAUGCCAAGAAGAUGAUUAGCAAGACCUUCAAGCCAAAGAAUCUUAAGAAGCUCUUAUCAUCUGUUAAGAAGGACUUUAAGGAUGUCUCACCAGUCACUAACAAGAAAUUGUCCAAGGUUGCUCAAUAUGUUUCAAAGAGUCCAGUCAAGGCCUCAAAGGUUUUGAUGACUGAAUUGAUGAAGGGUGUUUUGGCUUUGAAGAAGAUUUCUCCAACUGAACCAGUCACCAAGAAGAUUAUUCCAUACAUUGAAAGCGUUCAAAGUUUGGUUGCCUCUGUUAAUAACACCAAGGUUCAAGACAAGCUUGCCAAGAUUUCCAAGAUUCACCCAGUUCUUGCUAAUAACUAUCCAUAUGCUUCAAUUUUGAUCAAGAAGCCAACUAAGGAAGUUGUUACUUUCCUCAAGCAACUCAAGACUCAUCACUCUAACUCCACCAAACAUUCCAUCUCCAAGACUAAUGCUUUCCUCGCCUAUGCUGACCUUGCUGAUAGAUCAACUGAUGCUACUAUCACUAAGGAAAUUGUUGGUGAAAUUAUUAGUGCUUUGAUGGGUGCUACCUCUCAAGAAUCAUUCCUCACUGCUAUCCAUGCUUUGAACAAUGCUGGUAAGGGUGUUCCAUUGUCAAUCAUUAAGAGCGUUCUCUUGUCUGAAAAGAUGCCAGAAUCUAUCAAGAACAUGAUCACUGAAAAUCUUAAGAAGAGAGUUGGUGACAUCAAGGUUGAUGAAUUGAUUCACUCACUCAUCAAGAGUAAGAGGCUCUCUGAAUCAGUUAUUGCUUCCCUCAUCUCUGCUCAAACUGACAGAGAAGGUUUGCUCAAGAAUGGUACUAGUGUUCAACAAUUCGCCUCCCUCUUGAAGAAGAAUCCAAGUGACUUGAUCAAGAAUGCUAUCAAGCAAUACUUGUACACUGUUGGUACUGAAGAAUCUGCUAAGGAAUUGGAACAAUCAUACGAGCAAACCACUGAAAUGAUCACUCAAAGUGACAUUGAAGAUGAAGGUGUUACUUUGGAAUUGAACGAAGAAGAAUCCAAUGCUAAGAGCAAGGUUGAACAAGUUGCUGAAAAGAUCAAGUCAUACUUUGAAAGUGCUAACUGGAACGGUGCUAAGAGCACUUGUCUUGCCGCCUCAAAGACUGAAAAGAUGUGUAUUUACAAUAACGAAAUGCUCAACUUUGUCAGAAAGCAAGGUGACUUGUCAACCAUCUCCAAGUCCAAGUUCUACUCUUAUGAAAAUAAGUUCGGUACUAAUGGUAUCAAUAUCUACACUGGAUUUGUUGUAUAUGGUGGUGCUAGCUUUGAUUGUUCUAAAUCAUCUGCUUUUGAUGCUGUCUUCUUUGGUCGUGCUGCUGCUGAAGCUAACCUCUUCGAUAACACUUACCCAGUUGCUUCUGCCUAUGCCGAAUUGAAUAAUAGAGAUGCCAGCUCUAUCAACAAUAGAGUCUUUGUCAAGUUGUUCACUACUACUUUUGUUGAUAAGCAAUUCUUGCCAUCAGUCACCACUUGUACCAGUGAAACCAAGAAUAUUUUGACUAAGGCCAUUCCAAAUCUUAUCAAGACAUCUUACACAAUUACAGUUGGUCCAGUCCCUAUCACCUUCUCUUUCGGAGUCGGAAUUUCCUAUGGAGUGGAUUUGAAGUAUGCUUAUUGUUUGAAUUCUUUCAGUGCUUCAUUGUCUCUCGAACCAACUUUGGUUGCUGAUAUUACUGGUUCUGCUGAUGUUGGUAUUCCAUUGGCUAAGGCUACUGUUGCCAUCUCUGCUUCUGCUACUACUCGUGGUAUUCCAGAACUCUCCUUCUCUUCUUGUAACUUGUGUGCCACUUUGUCUUACAAAUUGGAAAGUGCCAACUUUGAAGCUACUUUGAAGGGUAAGGUUGCUGUUUGGGAAAAGUCAUGGACUCUCUACACUUACACUUUGCCAAUUGCUUACUCCAAGCAAUUGUACCAACAAUGUGUUAACACCAAGUUGCCAACUAUUUAAACCCAUAAACUUUUAAUUUAUUUUUAA